AUGCCAUUCAACGCACCACUCUCACUCAAGGCCGUCCUUCUGGCCGGCCUCUUCACCUUCGCUAUGGCUGCCCCCGUGCCAUGCCAGGUCUGCGAGCAGACCAAUGUUCCUGUUCCUACUACCGACUCAAAGAGGGCAAUAGACAGCCUGGUAGUCGACGCAACGACUUUGGUUGAAAGAGAUCCGGCCGACCCCGAUUGCCAGGUCUGCGAGCAGAAUGGUGUUCCUGCUGCUGACUCCAAAAGAGCCAUUGAUGCUGUUGUGAUCGAUAUCAAGCCGGUAAUGGAGAGAGAUGAUACCGAUCCGGACUGCCAAGUCUGUGAAAUAAACGAUGUGCCUACUGAGGUAUACGAGAGGGCGACCGAGGAGAUUGUGGUUGAGGAACGGGACCUUGCCGAUCCUGACUGUCAAGUCUGCGAGCAAACCGAGGUCCUCCCCGCCGACUCGAAAAGGGCCGUUGAGGAGGUCGUGGUCGAGGAGAGAGACACUGCCGACCCCGACUGCCAGGUCUGCGAACAGACCGGUAUUCCUGCUGCCACUUCAUAA